AUGUUUGGUAAAUUGUUGAAGGUAUUUGGUUGUUGUUGCGCCAAGAAAACUGAAGCUCCGAAACCGCAACUGUCUGGCUUGAAACUCAACAAGCAACAAGUCAAACCAUCACUUGAGAGUCCAUCUUUCACUGGACAAACCACGGAGUCAAUUGGGUGUUGGCUUUAUGCUUCUGAAAGGGUGAGUUGAGAAUUUGUCUAGAUUUACUGUAGAUUUUAGCGCUAAAAAUUGCCUAAUUUUGAGAUUAAAAUGCCUAGAAUUACUGUAGAAAGCUAAAAACCAACAAUAUUUUUCCAGGCUGGCUCCCCUCAAGAAGUCACCCCUCUUGCUGUCGAAGCUUUUGAUGAUGAGGAACUUGGAGUUCAGCCAACUCAACGCGACGAUUAG